CCGUCUUCCCGUCGCCCCUUGCGGUAGUUGCUCUGUCACGGCCGUAGCCGGUCUGAAGGAAGGCGAAGCCAUGAAGCAGGAAGGCGGCUCCCGCCGCCGCGCCGGGGCCGAGAAGGCCAAGCCCCCGCCCGCCGAGCCCACCCAGCCGCCCCCUCCGCCCGCCGACGUCGAGAUGCACGAGGAGGCCGCGGCCGCCGAAACGACUUCGGGGGAGAAGUCGCAGCGCGAGCUGGACGCCGUCACGCUGGAAGAUAUCAAAGAGCACGUGAAGCAGCUGGAGAAAGCCAUCUCUGGGAAGGAGCCCCGUUACGUCCUUCGUGCCCUGAGAGCACUGCCCUCCACCUCCCGCCGUCUCAAUCCCAAUGUGCUCCAGAAAGCCAUCAAUGGUUUUUUCACAUCCAACAGUGCUGUGCGAGACUUCCUCAUCGGCUUCUUGGAGGAGCCUAUGGACACAGAAGCGGAUCUGCAGUUCCGGCCCCGCACUGGCAAGGCAGCUGCCACUCCUCUCCUUCCAGAAGUUGAAGCGUAUCUCCAGCUGCUCCUGGUCAUCUACCUGAUGAAUAGCAAACGCUACCAAGAGGCCCAGAAAGUAUCAGAUGAUCUUAUGCAAAAGACGAGUCCCCAAAACCGCCGAGCCCUGGAUCUAGUGAUGGCCAAGUGUUACUAUUACCACGCACGCAUCUACGAGUUUUUGAACAAGCUUGAUGUGGUCCGGAGCUUCCUUCAUGCUCGCUUAAGGACAGCAACCCUCCGCCACGAUGCAGAUGGCCAGGCCACCCUCUUGAAUCUGCUGCUGAGGAAUUACCUUCACUAUAACCUCUAUGACCAGGCAGAAAAGCUGGUCUCCAAAUCAGUGUUUCCUGAACAGGCGAACAAUAAUGAGUGGGCCAGGUACCUCUACUACACAGGCCGCAUCAAGGCCAUUCAGCUGGAAUAUUCCGAAGCCCGUAGAACCAUGACGAACGCCCUUCGGAAAGCACCACAGCACACAGCGGUUGGCUUCAAGCAGACGGUCCAUAAGCUGCUGAUCGUGGUGGAGCUCCUGCUGGGCGAGAUCCCGGACAGACUGCAGUUUCGCCAGCCAUCUUUGAAGAGGUCACUCAUGCCCUACUUCCUCUUGACACAGGCUGUUCGGACAGGAAACCUGGCCAAGUUCAACCAGGUCCUGGAUCAGUUUGCUGACAAGUUCCAGACUGACGGGACCUACACCCUUAUUAUCCGACUGAGGCACAAUGUGAUCAAGACAGGGGUUCGCAUGAUUAGCCUUUCAUACUCGCGCAUCUCCUUGGCUGACAUCGCCCAGAAGUUGCAGCUGGAUAGUCCAGAAGAUGCUGAGUUCAUUGUCGCCAAGGCCAUCCGGGACGGUGUGAUAGAAGCCAGCAUCAACCACGAGAAGGGCUACGUCCAGUCCAAAGAGAUGACUGACAUCUACUCGACACGGGAGCCCCAGCUGGCCUUCCACCAGCGUAUCUCCUUCUGCCUAGACAUUCACAACAUGUCUGUCAAGGCAAUGAGGUUCCCUCCGAAGUCUUAUAACAAGGACCUGGAGUCUGCAGAGGAGCGCCGGGAGCGUGAGCAGCAAGAUCUAGAAUUUGCCAAGGAAAUGGCCGAGGAUGAUGAUGACGGUUUCCCUUGAUGCCCUGGGGAUGGCUGCAUUUAUUUUUUUGUUUCUUGCCCAAUACAAACCAUUGUCUACUGGCUGAAA